GUCUAACAGCUGAUUUCCAUACCGUCGAGGAAUAAGUGUUGUUUUGUGUUUCUUUAAUAUAUAGAUGCCAUUUCCUUGAUUUUGUGAGUGAAGUAAUGCAUUGCUUUGUUCCAAAUAGAAUUUCUUGCAACCCAUAAUUUUGCUACUAUGAACAGGUCACAAGAACUGGAUUGGAUGGUAGGAAUAAUUUAUACCGGUAUAUAAAGUGAAUUUUAUAUGUACCGUUACAGAUUAUUUUGGUUUGUUAUGGAAGGAUCAUGCGACCAAGAUUUUAGUUUUUCUGCUUCACUGCUCCUGUGGGACAACUGUAUUUAACAACUUGGGGUUGCAGAAGUGCUGACUGUUUUACCUUUCCUGCCCAAGCCACAUCCGACAGAUUUUGCCUAGUUACUGUGAAUAACAAACCUGUCAGUUCAGAAGCUGUAGAUAUGACACCUCCUGAGUGUGUUAAAGUGUUCAGCGCAUCCUCAUCCCGAGUGACCUCUGGUUGCAGUGACAGGGAGAAGUUGUGGUCUCACAGAGUCAUUGUUGUUGUUUUAACAGUCAUGCGGCCCGGCAGAUUGUCAUGUAAGUCUAUGGUGAAAGCUGUUGUUUUAACUGCAAUUUUAACCAUUGUGUCUGGCUUUUUUUUGCUGUCUUUUGCACCACAGCUAAGCACAGGGAUUUCUGAUGGCACAGCAUCUGACAAUUAUCAUGUGCCACGAAGGAGAAAACUCCGACUGACAGCUAAAGAUGGACAUUCUAUAAAUGUCAAAGCACCUUUGCGUUUGGGAAAAGAUCCAGGUGAUGUGUGGGAUAUCAAAGUUUUCAAAUCGUAUAAUGAUAUUCAGCCAUACUGUGAGGAAAAUGCAAUUUUAUUGAUCAUGAUAACAUCUGCGCCUGGCAAUUAUGAAAGACGAAAUGCCAUCCGCAAAUCUUGGUGUAGCAGUCAUACUAUGGGGUUUUCAGCCCAACAGUGGCAGUGUGUGUUUAUGAUAGGACAGACAGAGAAUUCCACUAUCAGCACUCAUAUCACACAGGAAGCCUUUCGUUUCAGGGACAUCUUACAAGGCAGCUAUUUGGAUGUUUAUAGAAAUCUUACCCUGAAAGUAUUCCAUGGAUUUGACUGGGCAGCUAAAAACUGUCACCAGGUUCAAUAUCUGCUCAAAACAGAUGAUGAUUGUUUUGUCAAUGCUGGACUUCUGUAUAACUUUCUAGUGAACCAUAAUCAUAAUUUAUUGAACCUGUACGUGGGAAAUGUUUUCUCAGCCGAAGACAAGAGGACAGUUGUUCGUAACCCAAAGAGCCGCUGGUUUGUCUCUGAACAGGAUUUUGCAGAGACAAUUUACCCAAGAUAUUCCAGUGGAACAGGGUAUCUCAUGUCCUAUGAUGUACUUCUUCGGCUGGUGCAGGUCAGCAAGUCUGUCACACCUUUUCCUGUUGAAGAUGCCUAUGUAGGAUACCUCAUCUAUAAACUGGGUAUUGAGCCUAUUGCCAGCACUCGAUUUACCCUGUAUGGUAAAGGUUGGACUACAUGUAACUUUCUUUAUCUUAUGGUCAUCCAUGGUGUUGAAGCUGACACACAAAGUAAAAUGCUGUCAAAGACACUCAGUGCCCCAUACAGUCACUGCAAAGUAGAUGGAUUAGAGAGCAGCUGGAGGUAGCCCAGUCUUCUGUGUAUGCAUACAUACACUGUGUAGCUACAUUCAAACAAGUUGCUGUAACAUAGUGUGAAAUGUUACAUAGUUUUACAACUUGUAAGUAUUAAAUCCAGGCUUGCCAUGGCUAAGACAUUUACAUCCAUGUAUUAGUUUUUUACAACAGGUUAUCUUUUUUUCCCCAGUAAUCCUUAACAAGUUUUUAUACACUUUUUGAACAAUAUAUACUAUUUUAUUAAUAUGAAGAUGUAUCAUUGUUUAUAAAUUGUUUUUAUGUGAGACUGUUACUUUCUAGGAGGUGGGUUUUUGAGUAAAAUAAUUCUCCAUAUGUAUAAAGUGUAUAAAGUUACUUCACAUUGAUCUUUUAAAUGACCAUUGAAAAUGAAUGUCAUUUGUUAAGGAUUAACUCUGUCAAGACGUUAUUUUGAAAUUUUUGAAAUAUAUAAAUUGAAUUAUUAACUGGUUAGAGUGAAGCAAUGAAUGAUCCAGCUUGGUUAGAAGUGCAUAAAAGGAAGCAUAUUUAAAACCAGUACAUGUAUAUUUAUGUUGUAUGCAUGUAUACCUAAGUACAUGCAUGCACAUAUAGACAUUGCCAUAGAUUGGACGAUUCAGAAAGAGACUUUAAAAUUAACAUGAUUAAUGUUUACUCCUUGAUAUGUAUGUCGUAUAAAGAGGAUUUUUGUGUAAAACUAAAUUCCUACAAUGUUGAAUUAAAGUACCUCCUAGUGUGCCAAAGUGUAAUAAGAAAAUAGAUGUGUAACUAUUAACUGUGCCUUAAAUAAGUAAGUAAGUACUAUUUUAAUGGGUGUAUAAUUUUCCCAUCAUACAUUAAAUUGUAUAAUGAUGUUGGUCCCCAGUUUUGUUCUAUUCAGGUGAUGGUAUUCCUUAAUUCUUAUAAGCAUAUUCCCAAAGUUAGUUAUAUCACCAGUUUAUACCUGUGUAUUAAGGGGUCUUCCCCAAUCAUUAAUGAUGCCUUACAUCUUGUUAUAUGAAUGCAUCUAUACGUACCAUUAUACCUGACAUAAUGUGUAAAAUACAUACAUAUUUAUGGUUUCUUUAGUAAGCUGUCCAUAAAAAGUGUGUAGUGAAGUAAUUAUGCAGUCAGUUAGGGCCUUUUGUUUAGCAACAGUUAAAUAUGCACUCUUUCAAUGAUGUAACAUCUGGUACUAAUGUACAGUGAGCUUUAGUUCAUCCCACUGGUACUUUUCAUCUGUGGACAGAAGUUUGCAUGACCUUUCAGAGAAUUUGGCAGGCUGCCAUGUAAGUGGAUGAGAGCAGCACUGAACAUCUAUACAUACUCAUAGGAGUUUAGAGAAUUACACCAUCCUGACCUAUUUCUUCUGAAUAUUUUGCUUAGCAUAGUCACUGAUAAUUUUCAGGCUGUAUAAUAAUAAUUUCUCAGAUGUUGCGUUGAAAAACACCCAGAGUGAGGAGAUUUAAUCUUUAGGAUAUCUGCUUUCCAGGAUAUGUCCUCCUUUCCACUCCAACCCUAAUUUCUAAAAAUUUUAUCAUCAUAUAUUUCCUUUGUUUCCACAGUUUUUAACAAUCUGAUCAAGGCUUUUGCUUGAUUGUCGGAUUUUACUUUUUGGUCUUAAAUUGUUGUUGAUCUGCCGUCACUACUGUAUUUAAAAGGGUUUUAAAAAAAAGACUUCUUGUCUCUUACAGACUUUCAGUGUUACAAGUAAAUGAAUCAUUAGGCACAGUUAAGUUUUAAUAUCUACCUCACUUAUUUAGGCCAUAAUGUGCAUAUGCCUGCUGAAUGUGUGAGUGUCGGGCACCUUACACAGCUAGACAGCCUAUAGCUGGGUCAUGCUUUUUUAUCAAGACAUCAUACAGGGGCCAACCACUGGGGAAAGUGGGCGAGAGCUGCUUAUUGCAUACACCAGCUGUACAGGCCUCACAUAGGGAGGGGGGCACAGUGCAGGAAGGUGUUGGGAAGGCAGCCUGCAGUGGCAGCUCACUGAUUCUGUGGGGUUAAGCUGGGUCACACCAUAGGGCCUGGGAGCAUCAGCACUCAGAAUGAGGGAGACUCUCCCAUGCUGCCGGUGCAGCUGUGCUGGUUGAUCAGUACACAUGAACUCUAGUAAUAGCCUUACACACUAGAGUCUUCAACAUCUAAUAAAAUAUAUAUAUAUUUCCACCUUUCACUAACUACCUCAAUUUGUAAGUGGAAUCCUGUAUACAUUACAUAAGUGUUAUGUACUGUGUGUGAGUGUAUUAAUGCAUGGUUUUGAACUGCUGUUUUCAAGAAGAUAUAUUUUUCUACCUAUUCCUUUUUUUUUAUAUAGAUGCUGUUUGUAAGAAACUGCUUCUCAAAGGCUACCAAAAAUACAAACUUGUGUAAAUGUCCAUUUAUUAUAUGAUACCUGUGCAACAAAAAUUCACUGUCUUCUUUCAUUGAUCUGUAUAUGGCAUCCAAUAUAAGCCACAUACUACACUUACAGAUUUAAACAUUAUAGAGCAACUGUGGUCACGUAAAUCACUGUUACUUAUGAGGAAACAUGACAUUUGGACAUGUACACAACUUUAUCAGGACCAUAUUGUAUUGCACAGACAUUAUUUCUGGGGCCAUAUGGUUCCCUUGACCCUUCGGAAUCUAUAUUUAUACUCAGAACAUACAUCUAGUACAUGCAUGUACACUAUAUGUAGUUGACAUGAUAUGUACCUUUUUAACAAUAUUUCUAUUACAUUAAACUGAUUACAAACUUGGCAGGUAAGUCUUUUCUGUCAGUGUUUCAUCUGGGAUUAAUUAAUCCCAGGUUCCAUGAAAUUCUGCUGCUGAUAUGACAUCAAAAUUUGGAGAACAAUUUUAAGUUUCUUACAACAAUACAGGAGGCCAAAGUUAAAAGGUAAACUGCAAAAGCUAUUAAUAGCCCCACUUAACAUACAACUUUUAAAAAUAGGGUGAAAAAUUUUCAUUUCACCUAAAGAAAUGUUGAACUUGUUAAAAUCGGUAUGUUAAAGUGUUCACACUGGCACAUAAACCCAUUUUCAGAUUCGCAGCAGCAAUGUUGACCUUCAAAAUGUCAAUAAAAUCACACUUUGGUAGGAUUUAAUUGCAAUUGGGAAAUUAUACAUCAUAGAAAAGAAACCAGAUUUUAUAACUGGAUACUUGUAACUUUAAAAUUCAAAAAUAGAUUGUGAUGUGAUGUCACAUGACGAAUUUCUACAGUUUUCAUUGGACUUCAACGCCCUUUGCAAUUUAUGUUGCUCUGUGAAUGCUGUUACACCAAAUACCAAAUUUCAGCUUAAUCAGUAGAGUUCUUGUGGAGAAGAAGUUUGUUAAAGCAUUUGGCCACUUAACAAUAUGGCAGAAAAAGUAGGUUACAAUAGAAUAUCAGUUGUUUAGGUUACACAGUUAUGGUUAAGUAUGUCUAUUUUCAACUACUCACUAGUAAUUUGGUUCAGUCAUGACAUGGCAGUUUUUCAGGAAAUGCAAAAAAGUGGGUGCAGAGAAAAUUUUGUAAUUUUUCAAGCAAGAACAGUAGCAGAGUUGAUAAUCAGAUGUGUAUCUAUAUAUUUUCUACAGUGUAAAGAAAAAGGUGGUACCCAAAUUUUUCAACCGCCUCUGUAACCAAUGUUUGAAAGAUUUUGAGAGAACUAUGAGGUGUAAAGAACUAAUUUGCUCAGGGUUAUGAAGCUUGCUUCUUUAGUCACACAAAUGAAUCAUUUCAGCAUAAUUUUUAUAUUUUAAGCAUUGUAUGCUUAAAUUCCACUAAAAAAAGUGCUUUAGUGGAAGAAAAGGUUGACGAUUUACAGUAUGUAAUGUUAGUUACAGAUUUAUUUUCAAAUUGAACAGAACAUGCAAAACUAAGUAGAUAAGAGUAAACAUAUAUAAUGUAUAGUAUGACGUGUAACGGAGAAAUAAUCUGUCCAAACAUUGCUUUUCAUUCUUGGCCAUGUUUCCUUAAGGUGAAAUGUCAGGGUUAUCGAUUUGCUGCUAAAAUUUAACACAGUGAGCAGUAUAUUGUUCUUUUUUAUGAGUUACAUUGAAUUCAUUCCAUAUAUGUGAGUAGAAGUAAGUUGUAAAUUAAACAGUCUGCUAUUUGUUGAUAAUGCCAUUUCAUGACACAUAGACCUAAAAUUGUACUCCAAAUUGAACUCGUGAAGGAUUCCUGAUAAGUAACUCUCAAGAAGAAGAUUAUGGUUAUGUGAAAAAUAAAGAAAAUUAUGCUUUUAAAAUUAAAAUUUGUUUUAAUUACAUUUUUGGAUCAUAGUUAACAACCCAGAAUUUUCCUUCUAUUUUAUGCCUUUUUUACCCAUCAUUGUUUGGAAACUGUGGCCCUUUUGUGGUACAUUUUUAUGAUAGACAGUAUCACAAACUGUAUGUUAAAGAUUAACAAAAUGUUGCAUUUAACCUUUAAAUAUAUGCAUCAAAUAGGUAUAAUUUAUCUGCUGAUUCAGUGCUCUAUCAAGUGUGAGCAUUCAGCUUCAGAUAUUUUGUUUUGUACAGAGGAUUGUAAGUUUUCAACCUUAGCCCAAAAUGGUUGAUUAUUGAUGAUUGGAAACUUAUUUAUCUGGUGUUCAAAACCAUUGCAUUUCAUGAAAUGAUAAUCCUAUGGCAACAUCCUGAAAAAAAGAAGAAAUAAAUGUACGUCUCAUAUAUCAAUGCAAAGAUUAAUAUGAAAGAUAAAUUAGUGAAUUAUUUCCACUACAGUAACCUGUAACCAUUAUGCUAUUAAAUGAGAAGCCUGUAGGUGAUAUAGCUGACAGUUUCCAAAACUUGGAAAGCAUUGCAUUUCAUGUUUAAGAAGGUAAUAAGGCUGUAUCCUUAAUAUAUGUACCUCCAACUGUGUGUGUAUAUGACUAUCUCUGAGACCCAGACUUGCUAUACAAAGGACACAUUCAUGUAGUAAAUCAGAAGUAUUGUUGCCGAUUCCUGUUAAUGCAUAUGACAGAGACAAUACAAAUAUACAAAUUAGCAGCCUGGUUGGAAAAAGAAAAGAAAAAUGAAAUUUUCAUCUUUGGAUAUAAAUGGGGAUUUUUGAUGGGAUCUUGGAAUUGAUUAUUGUGAGUCAUUUAAGAGUGGCUGAUGUAUGCACCCAUGUAGAUGUAUACCUGUACAGAGGACCAAUGUUUUAUAAUGUUUUAGUAAAAGAGCUGUAUAUACUAAUUGUGUACAGUUAAACGCAUAGACCUCAUAACUCUUAUGGAUUUAUAUCUUGAUUGUAGCGUAUACAUUGUAACAAAACUUCCCUUUCCAUUCAACUUUCUGACUAUACUAGCUGGUAAAUCAGUGUGGUAACUUCAAGCCAUAUUACAUUGCUGCUAGGUGUAUAAAAUUAUAGUCAAUAAUUUGAAGAAUUACCUGACAAUCCUUGCAACUUCAUAUGGCAAUGCAAUUCUUAUGUAGAUUACAAUGAUCCAAGUCACAGUAUUAUAUGUUCACACUUGUAACAUAAAUGUUACUUUGUGCAUGUUUUUACUUAUUUGUAAAUAUGAUGUAAAUGAACAGGCACAUUCUUGUAUUUUGUCCAUGGAUUGUACAUACAUACAGCCUUGUUUAUCAGGCAUAAUUGCUGUUUAUUUGUACAGAUGAGAUAAUUAUAUAAUAUUUCUAAUACAUGUAGUUAGGUUAGUUGAAUUUUUACUUCGUCUUUUAUCACUAAUACUAAUUUUACAAGAACUAUCACAUCAUAUUACAAUUUAAAAACAUGUAUGUUUCCUAAUUUGCAUUGAGACAACUGUGUGGCAUGAAAAGUCUUUGUCAAGCAAACUGUACUUUCACUAAAUUAGAAACAUACAUGUACAAUGACUAAUAGACUGAUAUAAUUGUUCCCAAAUGGACAGAAGCCUCAUUACUUGCCUACAUGUAAUUCAUAUAUAAUACACAUUGUUGCAGAAAAAGUACAAGCAGACAUUUAUGAUUAACCACUAUGCACAAAUACGAGAAUGCUGUAAUUUUUUUUUCAUAAAGCCACAUUAAAGAAAAUACUUGAUUACCAUCACAAACCUCAUGAAAAAUUGGGCAAGUGGCACUUUUUUCCUUGUUACAUGUAUUUUGUUUUAAAUUUUUGUUUAAUGAGAAAUUAAUCAUUGAAAAUGUGUUAAUGCAAAAUUUUUCUAUGAAGGCCUAAUGCAAACACUAGCCUACUUAACCAUAAUCUGCUCUCAUGUGUACACACAUGGAGAUCAUGCAACCACAACCGAUGAGGCUGUGACAUGCCAACAGUUAACAUGCUUACUUAUCAGUUUAAACUGGAAAAAAUGUGUUCUUCAUAUCUUUGUCUUUGACUCCCUUGUGUAUGUUUUCCUAAUGAUUAAGUGUUGUAAAAUGGCCAUUGUUUGUUUCAGAAAAUCACAGUUUAGAUUUCUGAGCUGUAUGUUUGAAUUUGGUGCUAUGAGAAUACCUUUAUUAUGCAUUGACAUGUUGUUUCUUUUAAGUCAUAUAUUCCUGAAUUGUAACUGUUCAUUUUGAAAUGCAUGUAACUGCAAAUAUUCUGUAGUAUGGUAUUAGGCUGCAAAGAAACAAAGUGUAGUCUUGGUGUAUACAGGUAAAAAAAUGAAAGGUAUAUAUUUACACAUACAAACCUGUUGUUUUUUUUAUUAACACUCUCAUUCAUGUAAAAGCUCCUUACAUAACUUGAUCAAAAAUCUGGCUUGCCACCAUGUUCAUUGGGGAAGAAUGGGAGUCAAGUUAGUGUAUGCAUCCAUUAUUCUAAAGGUGAUGUUAUGUACAGACUUUGUUUUGCAGCUGUGUACAUUUUCCUUAUUUUGGGAAAUACGACACAGAAAAACAUGCUAGGCAUAAUUAAUAAUCGGUCCCUUUCUUUUGUUUUUGUAUUAUUUUGAUAGCUCGUCCUCAAGUUCAAUGCAAAAUCUUUACCUUUGUUUGUCAUGGUAUACAAUGGUUGUAUACAGUCAUGUAUAUUAAAAGUGUUACUUGUUUUACGUCCAUUUUAUUUCUUGUAUUGUUUUCCCUUUCUUUCCUGUUUUAUAUUCAUUCAAGAUUUUAAUGAAGUCUGACAUGACAAUUACAAAGAAAUUAAAUUUAAAUAUUAAAUAAA